GGCGGUCGGUGGCGGUCGGUGACGGUCCGCGGCUGUCCGCAGGUCGCCGGGUCGUGGCUACCCUAGGAUGGAUUCUAUUACUAUCAUGUUGGGCUGCUGCUUUUUUCCCCAGUGUGCCUCAAAGAAGAAGCCCUUCUAGGUGGAGCCCUCCUGCCAUCAGUGGCUAGGGGCACAACAGACUUGGGGACAAUGUCUUUUUUCCUCUCAGUCCAUUGACGGGCCGGAGCCCUCCGUCACUUCAGAACCAGGACAGUGAUGAGGAUUGCUGAGGAGAAGACUUACGAAUAUAUCCGCCACCACUUACACAAUUUUUACCGUAUUCAUGUUCUGGAGAUUCUGCCUUACUUGUCUUGCCUCACAGCAAGUGACCAGGACCUCCUGCGGGCCUACUUCAACAACAAGGGGAACCAGAACACCAUUUGGGACCUCUUCCACAGCCUUCAGCGGCGGAGCGGCUGGGUGGAGUCCCUCAUCAAGGCUCUGAGGGCCUGUGAGCUGGCUGCUCUUGCUGACGAAGUGGACCGCGUCUAUCAGAGCAACCUGCCCUUGAGCCAGAGACGACCCCCAGCCCCACCGGAGCCGCCGUCAGCUCCUGCUAAGGCUCCAGGGCCCUCCACACCCACUGUGGCCCCCAGUGCCUCCCACAACAGCUACAGAGAUGAGGAGCCGAGUUACCCCAUGCCUGUCCAGGACACCCAGGUGCCAGUGUCCCUGGGAGAGAGUUCAAAGGAGGCCCCGCAGCCAGCCAGCUCUGGGGCUGUUUUGAAGAGGCCCAGUGGCCCCUUGGAGCCCUCCUCUGACAUGGCGGCCCACAGCCCUCUGACCUCGAGUGGGCCUCAGGAGCAGGACACAGAACUGGGCAACACCAACAAAGCAGGCAUGGUCUCCAGCCUUACAUCACCCCAUGGGCCUGUAUCUCCAGCUGUCUCCUUCCAGCCCCUGGCCCGUUCCACCUCCAGGGCAAGCCGCUUGCCUGGACCCCCAGUGUCAGCUCCAUCUACUGGCACCUCUUUCUCCUCUUCAGGGGGUGCUAGUGACCAGGCUGAGGCUACCAUCUGCUCCAGUGGGGUAGUGAUGCCCACCAAGUCUGUGACUACCAGCAUAGCACCCUCCAAGAUGCCCCUUCACUCAACACUUACCAACACAGUGCCUUCCAAGUUGCCCACCAGUUCAAAGUCCCCUGGUAUAAUGUCCACUAAUGUGCCCACCAGUCUGGCACCAUCCAAAUUGCCUAUCAACUCAACACGUGCUGGCACAGCGCCACCCAAGGUACCUACUGUCUCGGUGCCUGACCACAGGAUGCCCAUGAGCUCGGUGCCCAGCAAGGUGCCUGCCAACCCAACAGCCACCAUCAGGAGUAGCAACAGACCCAUGGAGGAGAAGCCAGUGCCUCCAGCACCCGCAGGUGCCACUGCUGGAGGCAGCUCCCCCUGUGCAGACAGCAGACAGGACAGCUGGGGCUCAGGGCUGGAGCUGAGCAAGCCAGGCAGGCUGUCUUCUGAGAUGGACAACCCGCCGCUCUCCUGCUGCUCCGCAGACCUUGCCAUCAGCCACAGCAACAACUUGGAUGGAGAACCUGACAACACUCCAGAGGAGAAUGAGUACACGUCGGUGGACACCUUUAGGGUCCAUGUGUCUGAGGGUCCCAGUGCUGACCUCCUGUCAGGCAACCCUGAGCUGCAUGCUGCUCCCCAAAGCAAGGCAGAGGAGACGGAGUGUGUUCAGUGGGCCCCGCAGGCUCUGUGGCUUGGGGCGGCUGCUGCCGGGGUGCUGCUGGCCACAGUCCUGGCUGUGCUGUACCAGCGGCGGCGCCUACUCCAGUGAGGCCCUCUGCCCUCCCUGCCAUGCAUCUGCUCCCUUCCCAUCGGUACAUCUGACCUGAGCCACGGAGCCAGUCCCACUCACUUUGGCCCUUUUUCGGGGCUGGCAGAGGCUGGGUCAGAGGGGGGCCACAACCCUGGGUGGAGGCUGCACCAUUGCUGACUGAGUCCUGGAGGCAGCGUUUCUGUGCCAGACGGUGCGCUCUACAGCUCCCUUACCAUCCUUGGCUUGCUGGGCUCUGAUCUGCCCGUGCCCUCCAGAUCUGCCACCCAACGAUCUGGGUUGUUGCCCUUGUCCUCUGGAGGAGGUGCUUCCGUCCAGGCCUUAUCUCUCUUUGCACCAGCCCAUGGAUCAGGACGUGCUGCUGGAGAGUGCAGGGGGUGGGCAACACCCCUGCCCCAAUCCACGUCCUGCCCUGGUCCCUGGCAGCAGAUGUCUGGGGAGGAGGAUCCACAGGACCUCGUUUCUGACCCCCAGCAGCCCAGCCUGAGGCCAUUGUCCUUGGCGCAAUGAGAGAACAUCGGAGCUGUUUCUGGUCCCCUGCGCCUGGGGUCUUCCACCCAUGCCAGGCUAGGUUGGAAAGAGCUCUGGAGGUUCCUGUUGAACCUGGGAAGGCCCCUUUCCAGUCUCCACUGAAAUUUGUAUUUCAGCUUUACCCCUUCCUGGGCUAUGUGGGCAGACAGAUGAUAAGACGCCACUGGUCUUCCUUCCCCACAGGGACUGUGAGUACCAUGGCGCAUCUUUCACUCGGUUAUAAUGAGAUUGAUGCUUACAGGUGUUUGUCAAGUACCUGGCCCAGAGCAGGUGGCCUCUAAAUGCUUCUCCCGCCUCUCCUCUGCCCACCCUGGAGAGAUGCGGGCAGGAGAGGCAGAGUGCUCUGUGGGUAGGGGUGCACCUCUGCAGCAUAGGAUAGCCUAGGCCUGAGCCUGCUCUGCCUCUCGCUCUCGUGCUCUUGAGCAAGGUGUUAACCUCUGUGCCUGUUUUCUUAGCUAUGAAAGUGGGAUGAAUAGUAGAAAAAUAAGUAAGUAUAUAUAUAUCUGUAUAUCUAUAUAUAUUUCUCCUAGUGUUCUUGUGAGAAUUAAAUUAGUUUAUAUAAAUCUUAUAAUGGUUUCUGGCGUUUACUAAGGGUGGGAAAUAUCACUGUUCAAAUUGGAGGGGGCUGGAGCACUUGGCUACACCUUUAGAGGGAGACUCAGAUCCUACUGCCUUCCCACCUUUAUGUUUGCCCCUUACUUUAUCCUGUGCAUUGGGGAAUUGUUAGGGCGUGGGGAGAGGGCGUGUCCCCUGAGGCUGCUGUGCAGGGUGGGGACUGGGUGCUCCGCAGCAGCCAGAUGGCUUGGGGAAUCCUUGUGCGUUCUUAUCAGGUGACCAUUGCAAGACAAGGGGCAGGCAAGGAGUUCUCAGGAGCUGAUUCCAUUUCUGGGCUCUGCAAGGGAUAGGGACUAGAGCCCUGGGGAGAUACUAAGGGUGGCACUGACGGUGGCCCAGCCCCAAGCUGUCAGCCUGCAGAGUUCUGCACCUGCUUUGACUGCUAGUCUUUCUUUGCACAGUUCUAGGGGACUUCAGCAACCUCUGCCUUUAAUGACCUCCAUCUCUACCUCUGAACUCUUCUUCUUCACUCUGAACCCAGCAACCUGCACCGUGGGACCAGGAGAGGUCCCCACCCAAGCUGUCUGUACAGCUCCCUAUCAACCUUACUCUGAACCUGUUCUCUGUGCUUCCCCCUCCCUCAAGGGUACACAUGGUGGGAAACAUUGUUUGGCUGCUUCCUG